GACGGUGGGUCAACAUGAAUGCCCUGACUGUGAUUUCCGUGGCAGCCCUCGUGGCUAGCGGCAGCGCCUCCUUGCUUGCGUACAACGGCGUAUAUGGAGGUCAUCACGGCCUUCUUGGCGCCUAUCCAUAUGCAGGUUAUUCUGGUCUGCAUCCUUACUCAUACGCAGGUGUCCACCCUUACUCAUACGCAGGUGUCCUUCCUGCAGCUGCUCCUCUCAACCUCAAAACACCAGUGGUCAACACCGUGGCUCCUGCUCCUGUCUCCUACAACGCAGCUCCCUUCGCACCUGUAGCACCUGUCCAGUCUCAGUACCACGCUCAGGAUGAGCUCGGUCAAUACUCCUUCGGUUACGCCGGCGGUCCUUCUUCACGCGCUGAGUCCCGCGACGCCUUCGGUGUUGUCCGUGGUUCAUACAACUACGUGGACUCUGAGGGCAAGGUUCAGACUCAGCACUACGUGGCUGACGCCCUGGGAUUCCGUGUGUCCGGAACAAAUCUUCCAGUGGCUCCCGACGCCCCUGUAGCUGCCUCUCUGGCCGCCCUUCCCGGUCCCCUUCCCGAACCUGUCCAGGACACUCCUGAGGUAGCUGCCGCUAAGGUAGCCCAUCAGCAAGCCUACGAUGAAGCUGCAGCCGCCGCCGCUGCCGCCCCCGAUACCCGCAAGAAGCGCUCCGUCCUUGCGGCUCCCGGCCUCGGUGUUUAUUCUCCACUCCGUUUCUCCUACGGCUUCUCCACCCCCCUUCACUACGCCCACCCAUCAGCCUAUGUUUCUCCUCUUCACUACACUGCCGCCAAUCCCGCCCUCACCACCUACAACUCUGCCCAUGUCCCCACCACAUACGCCGCCGCCGCCGGACCCGCUCUCCGUGACGCCGAGCUCCUCCGUGUGAUCCACAACCCCGGCCACGCUACCUCCUACCGCACGUAUCCGGAAGCAGAAGGCAGAGCCCCGCCCAUCCCAUCGCCAUCAGCUGAUGUUCAUCAGACUUCCCGACAGACAGCUCCUCGACGGUGGGUCAACAUGAAUGCUCUGACUGUGAUUUCCGUGGCAGCCCUCGUGGCUAGCGGCAGCGCCUCCUUGCUUGCGUACAACGGCGUAUAUGGAGGUCAUCACAGCCUUCUUGGCGCCUAUCCUUAUGCAGGUUAUUCUGGUCUGCAUCCUUAUUCAUACGCAGGUGUCCACCCUUACUCAUACGCAGGUGUCCUUCCUGCAGCUGCUCCUCUCAACCUCAAAACACCUGUGGUCAACACCGUGGCUCCUUCUCCUGUCUCUUACAACGUCGCUCCCUUCGCACCUGUAGCACCUGUCCAGUCUCAGUACCACGCUCAGGAUGAGCUCGGUCAGUACUCCUUCGGUUACGCCGGUGGUCCUUCUUCACGCGCUGAGUCUCGCGACGCCUUCGGUGUUGUUCGUGGUUCAUACAACUACGUAGACUCUGAGGGAAAGGUUCAGACUCAGCACUACGUGGCGGACGCCCUGGGAUUCCGUGUGUCCGGCACCAACCUGCCAGUGGCUCCCGACGCCCCUGCGGCUGCCCCUUUGGCCGCCCUUCCCGGUCCCCUUCCCGAACCUGUCCAGGACACUCCUGAGGUAGCCGCCGCUAAGGCAGCCCAUCAGCAAGCCUACGACGAAGCUGCAGCCGCCGCUGCUGCUGCCCCCGAUACCCGCAAGAAGCGCUCCGUCCUUGCGGCUCCCGGCCUUGGUGUCUACUCUCCUCUCCGUUUCUCCUACGGCUUCUCCACUCCCCUCCACUACUCCCACCCAGCAGCCUAUGCUUCUCCUCUCCACUACACUGCCGCCCAUCCCGCCCUCACCACCUACAACGCUGCCCACGUCCCUACCACAUACGCUGCCGCCGCCGGACCCGCUCUCCGUGACGCCGAGCUCCUCCGUUUGAUCCACAACCCCGGCCACGCUACCUCCUACCGCGUGCUCAACUGAGUGCCACGAAUUCAU